AUGGCGGAGCCGGCAGGGAGCGAAUCGAGCAGCCCUGAAACUGACAAAGACUUCGAUCCAUCGGCAGACAUGCUAGUUCAUGAUUAUGAUGACGAGCACACUCUAGACGAGGAAGAAGCCCUUAGUGGAGAAAGCUGUUCUAAUGAACUAGAUGAUCUAGCAAAGGAAGGGGACAUGCCUAUUGAAGAUCUGCUAGCCAUGUAUGGAUGUGGUCAGCCCAAUGAGGAUGAUGCACAUGAUAACACACGAUCCAGCAGCGAGGAAGAGAUUCUUAGUAACCAUGACCUUACCCUUGAUAAAGAUGAGAUUGCCCGAGAUUUGCUCAAGAACAACAGUGAAGCUGAUGACAAAGAAACCAGCGUUACUGACCUGUUUGAAACCGUUGCUACAUCACACACAGCCAGGCUUUUGAGAUCAAGCAGCAGACCAGGGAGUGAAGAUGACUCGGAAGACUCAGAAGAAGAUGUCGAUUACAAACCAGAACACGAAGAGGACUGGAAAAAGGUUAUACAAGUGGGUCAUGAUUACCAAGCCGUGGUGCCGGAGGGUCUCAGCAAGUAUGGGGAUGCUCCGGCAUAUGAAAAUGAAGACAGAUUAUUAUGGAAUCCAAGCAAGACAGAAAAUGAUACAGUGGAAAAGUAUUUGAAGGAUGUACACGAGCAGAACCUCAUGAAUGCCCAGGGUGUAAACUGUAUCCCAACAGGGACACAUGUCAGAGACGAUGAGCAGGCGUUGUACCUACUACUGCAAUGUGGGCACAAUGUUGAAGAAGCCCUCCGACGGCGGAAAAUGCAAGCUGUUCCAACAUCAGAUCCAAUGAGCCUGUGGUCAGAGGAGGAAUGUAGGAACUUUGAAAAUGGACUUAGAACAUAUGGCAAAAACUUUUAUCUUAUACAGCAAAACAAGGUGCGGACACGGUCUGUAGGAGAAUUAGUCCAGUUUUAUUACUUAUGGAAGAAAACAGAACGGCAUGAUAUCUUUGCCCACAAAAACAGACUAGAAAAGAGGAAAUAUGCCUUACAUCCAGGAGUCACGGACUACAUGGAUCGGUUUCUGGACGACCAAGAUGCUGUGAAUCCAACAAGGGACAGGUCAGCCAGCCCCAACCUCAAUUCAUUAAUUUAUGGUGAUCCAAAACGAACACACAUUAAACAAGAACUUGAAGAACAAGCCUCAUGUCCACCAGAGUCCAAGGAGAAAGUGUCUGAAGUAUGUACAGCUUCAACGACAGCUGUAGCCCUAAGUCCAGAUCGCAAGGACUCACAGUCCAAGUCGGAGUCUGUCUCUGUGAAAACUGACACUAAUUUAAACGGCAGUGCUGAAGACUUACACGAGCCCCCUUCCAAAAGGCUGAAGUCUGAAAACAAGGAAAAAAGUAUUUCUGAACCUUUAAAAUGUGUCUCUGGCAACCAUAUAGAAAGUUUACAGCCCUUACCGCUGAACACCACAGUAAACAGUAUAGUAGCAGUUAGCCCAGUUAGUGCUCAUGAACUUGCUGGGAGUGGAGAGCCAGUGUUACAGUCACGUGUCAUCAGUCCGCAAACAAUAGAGUCAAGUGAAAUGAAUCACGUUUAGUGAAAUCACCACACAUUCCGUUACAAUCACAAUCACAUGAUAACGUGCAAUAAACAACGCUUUCUCCGUCAAGUUGUUCAAGACGGAUGUGUACCUCAAAAUCAAGCAUCACAAUUGGGAAUGUGCUAGUAUGUGUUUUGUUAAAGACGACAACAACCUGAAUGAGAAGAUUAUUCUAAUUUGUUGUUGGUUUUUGUUUGUUUCCAACCAUUAUGAAACAACCUGAAUAUUGUAGAGAAUUACCAAAAUGCGUCGGAGUCUCAAGAUCAAGACAUGCACUCUGGUUACCUCAUAACGAUGUUAAAUGUGUUAGUACUUGUCUUACCAGUCUAAUCGUUUCAGCACAAAAGCUAAUAGUGCUCUUCCAUAUAGGAAAGGGCCAGACCUUCACAACAAACAGAAGUUACCUUCGCUGAUAAUCUAAAGCUUGGCUUUUUGUUGCAUUUGCACCGAAGAUUAGUAUUGUUUCCAUCUUGCUGCAAGAACCAUAUUGGAAGUAUUUAACACCCUCAACGCUCAGACAUUGAAUCACUUGACAUUACUUUGUUGUCAAGAAAUACAGGAUGUCAAUUUAUCUGUUCAUAUUUUUAACACUUACUGACUUGUUCUUAUUCAAAUUUUGUAAUGGAGUAGAAGAGUGUCCUGUCAAAAGUGCUAGCAUCAUGAAAAUGUUUUAAUGUCCAGCAGGUGUACUGGAUAUCCAUGUCUACUGGACGGUUCAAAAAGGAUAUAUCUUGUCUGAAUUAAUAUUAAAGAAAACAGCCAUGUUUUGAGAGUCCUUCGAUGAAUAUAACAAUUUGACGACUGCUUCUUCUGGCUAAUUUGCCAACAUGUGAAAUUUGUUUUAAAAUACCUCUGAUGUAGCUGCAAGAUAACUUGUAGUAGCAGAUACUGAUACAUUAGAUAACGCAAAUAUACUUGUGGUAGGCAGUCUAGGUGUUAAACAGCCACAGUGUUGCUCGAUGGGACAUAGGAUUAUAAAAUUUAUAUAUCUAUGUCGCAGUUUGUGAUACUUUUGUAAAGGAACAUAGAAGCACAUGGAACAUGAGGCUGUUAAAUAUGUCUAAUAUGGUAACAAUAUAAGAAAGAUAUGAUUGAAGUUAAUAUCUUGAAGAUAUUUGUGCCUUUUGCAUUGUGAAUACAAUGCAUGGUGAUAAAGUUGUUGAAUUCGUGGAUGAGUUCGUAAUUUGUUAAUCUGAGUCGAUCCAGGUCUGAUAAAAUUACAAUCUUAACUCAAAAUUUGUGACUGGUUAAUUAUACUUGAGAGGGAAUGUUGCUGGUUGCACCAUGAGCUGUUGUUGUUAGUAAGUUGAAGACUGUUGACAUGUACAGUGAUGGUUGUUGUGUUAAGUAUUAAGCUUUCCUGAGGAUGGAAACAAGGAGAUGGGUACUUUCAACUUCUUUCUGGCUAGUUUUAGAAAUGAUUGCCAUUUUCAUAUCAGGAUCUGUUCAUUCUUAUUUAGGGAGUGAGGGUCUUAAUUUCAUAUGAAGACAAUGUGUUCACAUAUUUUACUGACACCAAGUUUCAUAUCUGGGUUGUAGCGCUCAUGCCAUGCAGUAGCACAUUAUUGUUACCAUAAUACCCUAUAAGCAUGGAAAGCCUAACCUUUGGCUUGUGAGUUUAGAUCAAACUUACUUAACCACUAGGCUGUUGCCAGGCAUUUAUUUCCUCUGGUGAUGGAGGGGUAGCCUUGUGGUUAAAGCGUUUGUCACGCCAAAGACCCAGGUUUGAUACAGUUCAGAUUUGGUUAUGAUGCAGCGGAAUGUCCUUUCAAACAGUGAUUGAGUCAUGAAAGUAACCUAAUGCUAGUGUUCAUCUUAGUAACUGUCACAUUUGGCUUUCUGACGACUUAACUAAUUGUUAACUUACACUGUUAAAGGUGGGGGCCAAAACUCAAAUUACUGGCUCAUUCUCGACCAUUAUGUUUAUUCAAAAUUGAGUUGAUUGUAUCAAACUGUUUACAGGAUAAUACCAAUUGAUAUUUGUCAGUAUAUAAAAGUGAGCUGUAUUUUCCUCCAUCUUAAAGAUUUCUUCUCCCCAUGCCCCCUCCUUAAAAAAUGGACACUUCCAUAUCCAAACUCAAAUGGCAGUGUUUCUAAAGCUAGCUUUCUGGAUACCCUGUAUAAUCCAGGUGCUUGAUUUCCAACUAUACAAAUAUUUAUAACAAUACCUGUUCAAAAAUACCAGUACAUGUAUUAUUGGUAUGCAUAAGUAAUACCAGGGGCAUAAUUAAACAUUCAGCAUCCUAAUGAUGUUGAAGCUCACAAGGACACCAUUUUAGUGUUUCUCGUGUCAGUUUAUGGUCAGUAUGCUAACAUACAUUAAUAUAUUAUGUGACUGUUCACAGUAUCAUUGUAUCAGAUAAUAUUUUGCAUAUUGUACAGAAUUUUCUAUGUGAUCGCUUGGUGCUGAAACAAGUCUACAGCUGCACCGAGGAUGGAGAAUGUGCAAGCAUUAUAAUGUACAGAGACAUGUAUAGGUCGUGUUACUAUGGUUACAAGUUCUACUAGCAGUUGUGUACUAUUAUGCCGAUUUGUACAGCGAAUGUCCAUUGUCUUUUUCUAAAGUGUGUAUAUCUGUCACUGUCGGAUUAUUGCCAGACAGAUUAUUUAUGUAGGAGUAUUUGAUCAAUUCAGAGUACUGAACAGGCUGCAGAGUAAUUGUAUCUGAUUUUUCUAGUACUCGUAAUUUGUGGUUUUGAAAGAAUUUAUGGAGAGUGUUUUUGUAAUAAGCUAACUGAUAACGCUUCUCUUGCCAAUUUUUAUUGCGAUCUAGACUUUUGAUACUUUUCAUUAUUUCUAUUAUAGAUCGUACAUUUUGGAAGUAAGAUUUUCCUAAAGAUGCUGCAUUUUUAUAUAUAGUUUCUUUCAUGAAAGUGCAUUUGGAGUUUUAUACAUUUGGUCUAAAAAUUAAUGCUUAUUUUCAUCUAUAGCCGAUUGAAAACAAAAAAUUCUGAGUCCUUACUGACACUUUGUUAUUUCAUAGAUUUUCAUCUCGAUCAUGGUUGUCCAUAAUUUUGUAAUGUCGAGAGAAAUCGGUCAUCACUUUCUCAUGGUCUUUUGUAAAGUUGAAUUUGCUCUGUACAACAUUCUCAUUGUGUUUAUUCAGGUAUUCUUGUUCAAUUUCAGUUUGUUAACGGUUGUGAGAGAAUUCUUUGCAUGAGUUGUACUGUCCUGUAUGUCUCUGAGUUGAUUCACUCAUGUCGGUUUUCUUGACUGGGAUUAAUGAUACCUGUGUUGGAUAUUAUAUGUGUGAGUUCAUGGUUAUCCAUAUCUUAUCUCUGUCAGAGGCUUAAACAUAUAUGCAAUUUUAAAUUACUCGGAGACUGAGACUUGUCAGUCAUUUAUCAGUAGGCAUGACUGUUGUCAGAUAGAUAUUCUUACCUGUCGUAAUUAUGAAACAUAAAUAUUUUAGGAAUGGUAGCUUUGUAGACUUCAUGAAAGUAAUGUGAAAUCGUUAUAGUGUACCAGGAAGUGAAGUGCUGAUCAACCAUCGUUUCUGUUAAGUCAUGCCUUUUUUUGUGGUAAGCUCUUUCUUUAGAUGAGCCUGUAUAGCAUCAUCUCUAUUGCUAGUCUAUAUACAAAUCAAUAUUGAAUUAUGAAAAAAUGGUAAAUAUGUACAUGUAGUUUCUUAGUACUAUUAUGCUGCUUUUUCUGUGUAAUUUUGAGAAAA